AUGGAAGAGACAGAAGCUGGAGUAGGAGGCGGCUUGACGAGGGCCAUGAGCCGCACCUUUGGAUUCGGGGAUCCCAACGUCCACAUUGAGCACAUCAGUUACAGACAAAAGCUCAAGAAUUCCUGCGGUGCCAUGGGAAUGGGAUUUCUGCUGUUUUUCGGUGCUCUGAGCUUGUCGGCUUGGAAUGAAUAUCGCAAUGUGGCCACGAUGAAGGCCAUUAAUGAGGCUCGUGACAUUGUGACAACAGCAGCUUGCUCUCCUAUUAAUGUCGCUCUCGAAGGCAAACUCGUUCAUGUAACAUGUCCGGUAUCAAACUUUCAAGUUUUGGGAAACAACGACCCUGUACUGCAAGGCGUCUCCAUAGAACAACGCGCGGGUCUCUCACUCGAAUCCUACAUGGAAGUGUAUCAAUGGACGGAAACAGAGCGCACCAGGACAAGGAAAACAUCGAGCGGAUCCACGACGAGAACAACCUACUACGACCACCACCAAAGCUGGAGCACCCAGAGGCCCAAAAACGCAAGCCGUUUCAAGGGAGAUUGUGGAGAUUGCACCAACUAUGACCCCUACGAUGAAUCUUGGUGGUCGGGCUCUGGGUACGAACUAGGAACGGAGACGGUGGAUCAAUCGCGGGGUGUAAAAGCCGGCGACUACACCAUACCCGACAGCAAGAUUCCUGGGUUGGGAAUCGCCUCUGUGCUGACUCCUGCUUGCCGUGAUAGCACCAUUUCUUGUGCCCCUGGUAAUGCCACCCUCAAAAUCAACAAAAUGGUUUGGGAAAAGGAUGGUCAAGACUGGAUGGCGAGGAGCUACACCAUCUACCAAGCGGACACCGUUUCCAUUCUGGCCCAGCAAAGAGGCGAUACGUUCGUUCUCUGGGAACCAAGCUACGAUGAAGAUUAUGGCUUCCUGGAUGUUUGGGAAGGCUCAUUGACAGCUGAAGAUAUGCUUAACCAAAAGGAAGCCGAACGGGUGGCGACCACUUGGAUCCUCAGAUUCUUGUCUCUCGUCCUGUGCAUCGUUGGGCUUGUUAUGGUCACCGCACCGCUCACCACUGUGCCCGAUAUCAUCCCUGUGGUGGGUCCGUGGAUUGGAGACUUGAUUGGGUAUGCGCUGUGGGCGGUCAGUUCCCUGAUUGGCUGUUGCUGCUGGUCGUUUGUAGUGGCCGUGUCCUGGCUUGUCUAUCGUCCUGUGAUUGGUGGUUGUCUCUUGGCGGCAUCGUUUGUCUUGUUGGCAGCAGGCGGAUACACGGCCCACCACAUUCACAAGAAGAAAAAGAAAGAAGGAAAGGAUGCGAGCGUUACUGGCUCAGCCGACGAUUUGGAGGUUGCGGAAGAAUACAAUCCACAAGUGCCUGGGAUGGACGAGGAAAUCGCGGCCGCAAAGGACCAAAAAGAGGACAUAGCCGAAGCAGAAGAGUAUGUUAUGCCUGAUGACCCCGAGGCAGGCAUUUCCAAGCAAGACGAGGCUCGAAGAAUGUAG